AGGCUUUGCUUGUGGAUAUAGCAAAGGACGAUAUCAAAGUUAGUGCCGAUGAGUGCAAUCGCAGUUUGUUCGGAAAAGUGAUUGGCGAUCGCCCACCCAACUGGAUUGGGAUCAAACGCUCUAUGAGCCAGAUCUGGAGGCUCGCUCAACCAAUGGAGGUGAAGGAAUUGGAACCGAAUUACUUUCAAUUUAUCUUCCAGAGUAAAGAAGAUCAAAAGAGAGUCAGUUAUGGUACUAAUUGGAGCUUUGAGAAUCAAUAUCUGAUUCUUAGAGAAUGGUGCUCUGGUCUGAAUAGCAAACACCCAACCUUUCAGGAGCUCAAACUUUGGGUUCAAGUCAAAAAUGUUCCUUUAAAUUGGCUUUGUACAGAAGUUGGCAUCAAAAUUUGCACAGUUUUUAAAGAAGUUGAUAAUGUUGUGAUAGCAAACUAUGGAAAUCACGGAGGUAAAUUUCUCAGACUCCUUGUCACUCUGGAUUUAAAUGAGCCCGUCCCCAGAUGUACUAAGGUUCGACUUGGAGAUGAAGUAGCCUCCAUCAACUUUGUUUAUGAAAGACUGCGAAACCUAUGUCAUUACUGCGGUCACAUUGGACACUUGGAAAAAGGUUGCAUCAAGAAAGUUGAAGAUAUAAAAUCUCGUAGCCUCAAGGAAGGUCAAUACGGAGACUGGCUUAAGGCUCCAGAAUGGAACUUCUGGGCUACUGGUAAUCAUAACUCAGGCUCCAGGAGCCCACCGCACAGUCCCAGAAGUUCCCAACAACCUUCAUCACCAGGUCACACAUCUCAUCAACACACACUGGACAGCCAAUCAUCCCUCAAGAAUCAACUCAUUAUUCAUACUCCUGAUUCUAAUCCUAAUCUUAAAUCAUCGGCUAAUGAUUCUUCGAGUAGCUCGCAUACAGAAUUUCAAAAGGUCACUGGGGUUUCCAGUGUCCCAGCUUUCAAGGAGGACUUAAGCAAAGCCAUGGAUAUUGAAACUAGGGUUCUUCCUUUAUCAAUUAUCAGUCCGCCAAAGCAUGCUGGCAAAGGAAAAGGCAAGCAGUCAACUUGGAAAAGGUUGGGAACUAAAGAGGGCAAGCUGCAGAGGCAAGCAGAACCCUAUUCACAACCAGACACUUCUUCUUCUGGGAAGAGGAUGAGAGAAGAGACAUCUAAAGAGUUUGAAACGGAGGUUGCUCUUGAUUCCAAGA